UAGUAUACGCCUGCGUGAAUGAUCGAGCUACCCCUCACAGCUAACAUACGGUGGGAGAAGCGUUGAUCCAGUGAAUUGAAGAAAUGAAAUGAAUCCAAACGUAAUGAGAUGAACAUAAAAAUUCAACAGGCUAUUUUUCAAUUAGAAAGUCGCCCAAGCAACUCUCAAAGUAGUUCGUUGAAUUGUGCUGAAAAUUGUAGUUCUAGUCUGUUUGAGACAUGUUAAUUGUGAUGAAGACUGCGAUAAGUUGAUGAAAACAUGGUAUAAGCUGUAACCUGCCUUUCUCCAUGUCAUCGAUCGUGCUUCUAGUUGGCCAAUGUGGAAAUCAAGUCGGUCACGAACUUAUGCGUUUGAUUGACAAGAGUGAUGCUCACCCUCUGAGCCACAGGGAUGGCAAGCUGAGGUGUGUCUGUGUGGACAGUGAGUCUAAGGUCAUUGGACAUAACUACCGUGAAGAUUCAAGAUCCAGUAAAUUGUACAGGGAAGGAAACAUGAUCAGUGGACUGAGAGGACGAGGAAAUAACUGGGCAUUAGGGUACCAUGGUCUCAGUGGGGAAACUGAAGACACUUCAUUGUUACACAGGGCUAUGGAAAUUGUGAGGAAAGAAGUAGAAAGAUGUGAUAAUUAUGCAGGCACUAUGGUGGUUCAUAGUCUCACUGGUGGCACUGGGUCUGGUCUGGGUUCUCACUUGAUUGAAACUUUAAGGGAUGCAUACCCUCUGGCUCAUGUCAUGUCUGUUUCUGUAUUGCCCCACUCAGCAGGUGACAGUCCUCUCCAACAUUACAACUCUCUUCUCAGUUUGUCAACAUUACAAUGUCAUGCUGAUGCAGUUCUAUUGUUUAGCAAUGAUGACAUUCUUCAUCAUAUGGCAGCACACAGUGGACUGUUAACACGACAAAACCCAUCGGGCUCCAUCUCUCUCAAAGACAUGAACCAAUACAUUUCUAUGAGCCUUGCUGGAGUGCUUCAACCUUUGGGAAGCAAACCCAAGCGUUUAAAAGGAAAGCUUAAGGAGAGGGGAGCAAAGGAAACGAUCGGCAGCAAAAAAAGAAACGAAAUAUUUUACAAAAGUACAGAAACAUCGUAUAAAAUGGACACCAUAACAAAACAGCUUUCGUUUUCCCUUAAUGAAUCUCAAGACGAAUCUGAAGUCACUCGCCACAGAGCCGUCUUUGGCAGUAGUCCUGGUUCCGCAUCAUCCAUGUCGUCUAACGACUCCAUUUUUAGUUCAUAUUCGUAUUCAAGCGACACUGACAGCUUAACAGACAUGUCAAGACAACCCAGAUCUACUGCUUCAGCGCUUUUGCGCUACAGAGGAAUCGUAAACCCUCUCGAGAAGAGAACUUUCGAGAGUGGUGAUAGUCGUCAGACUGAAAAUUCUCCACCAGCAGUUGAUGUACCAAGUGGAAAUGAGCCAUGGGAAAUGUUCCGAUCAAUUUGUGCAGAGCCAUCAAAGAAGUUUGCCACAGUACAUCACAUCGCCAAGUCGAAAGUUUCUUGGCAGAGCCUUACUCAGUCACUUAUUCACUCAAUUCGAAGAUAUGAUCGAAACGGUCUGCAGUUCUCAACCUUAGCCUCAUUGCUUGUGGCUCGCGGGGACCAUGAUGGUUCUUUUACAGAGGUUUGGCCAAAGAUUGAAGAUAAACUGAAAACCUCGCUGGGAUUUGUGGAUUGGAACCCAUUUCCUAUUGAUUUCUGGAUUAGCCGGUAUAACCCUGUUGGUCCCAAAGACUCCCAGUCUCUUACUCUGUGUUUAAACUCAACUAAGAUUGUGGAGACUUUAGAGGACGUUAUGAGGAAGGCAAGAGCGAUGUACGGUGCAGGUGCUUACCUUCACUGGUUUACCAAACACGGCUGCUCUAAGAAUGACUUUCUGGAUGCAUUUGAAACGCUGGAGUCUGUUGUUGAGGAAUACAAGCUUGGUGUAAGGUGACGUGAACACGGAUCUAAAAUGUGGAGAGAGCCAAGAUCAAUAGACUUGUGAAGCAACUGAAAGGAACACAAUGGAACAUUACACAUGCCUUGACAAGUAUUAAGGACAUCGAUUCAUCGGUAUUCGUGGCCAGGAAGUUUUUUAUGAAUCGACUUUCCGCUGCAAAAUAUACUGAAAAUGUAUAUAACUACUGGUAAACCGAGUUUCCUUUAAUGUGUGGUUUAUUAAGAAAAAGGUGGAAUUUAAAAAAGCAAUGAUGCAAUGAUGCAGGAAAGUAGUGCUCAGGCUCUCAUUUGAAUAGUAACAAACUACGGUCGCGUCCAAGUGCUUCAAACUGCCAUAUGAUAAUCAUGCAUGCUUCACAUUGUAUGCGUCAUUUUUCCUUGAAACUGUUUUUAAUACUUUAAAUAAAUGUCAACAACAACUUGU